AUGCUGCUCCUCACUGUGCUCCUGUUGGUUGCUACCAAUGCUGCCCUGGGCUUUGAUGAUAAGAUCGUGGGGGGGUACGAGUGCAGGGACCACUCUGUCCCCUGGCAGGUAUCCCUCAACAACGGCUGGCACUACUGCGGAGCGACCCUGAUCAACGAGCGAUGGGUCCUCAGCGCUGCUCACUGCUAUAAGGGGGAGGACAUCGAGCUGCGCCUGGGGGAGCACCACAUCGGCUACAAGGACGGCCCCGAGCAGUUCAUCGCUGCUGCCGUCAUCAUCCGCCACCCCGACUACGACCGCUACAACAUCAACAAUGACAUCAUGCUGAUCAAACUAGCCGAGCCAGCAAAGAUUAAUGAGUAUGUCCGGCCCAUGGCCCUGCCCAGCAGCUGUGCCCCUGCAGGGACCCAGUGCCUGGUCUCUGGCUGGGGGGCCACCCAGAGCCCCUUCGGCUGUACGAAGUGCCUGCACUGCCUGGACCUGCCCAUCCUGUCGCAGCAGGACUGUGAGAGCUCCUACCCCGACAGGAUCACCUCCUCCAUGUUCUGUGCCGGCUUCCUCCAGGGAGGCAAGGACUCCUGCCAGGGAGACUCUGGUGGCCCUCUGGUGUGUAACGGGGAGCUCCAGGGUGUGGUGUCCUGGGGCUGGGGCUGUGCUGAAGAGAAUCGCCCCGGGGUUUACGCCAAGGUCUGCCAGUUCACUGACUGGAUCCACGCCACUAUUGCCUCUCACUGAAGUCCUUCUGCUAACGCUGUUUUUUUUAUUUCAACACUCUUAAUCCUUCUACAAGUAUGUCUAGGCUUUUUAAGAAUGUAUUUGACUGUGAAGCAUGUUUUAACAACGACAGUAAAAUAUCAUCAUGCGUAACAACCAAAUGCUGUUCCUGGAAUGACUCUAUAAUCAUCAAACUAUUACUGGUUGCACAGGUUGUUUUUUAAAUGUGAAAAGUAUACAUAUAGGGCUAAGAAUAAACAUUGUUAAAGUAUAAAUUAAUAUAAAUGUGCAGUAACAGUAUGAA